AUGGAAACUCGGAAGGGACGCACAAGUAGUGACUUGAAGGGUGGGACAACAAAGAGUGAAACGAAAAAAUGUUUUACAAAUCAGGGGACAUCCUCCGUAGGGGUUAACCAAAAAACGAGAAUAAAUUCAAACCUUGGAGAAAAUAAAAAGGGGAACCAUUUGCCAGAGAAGGAAAAUAAAAAUAGCAGCAAAAGUGAGGAAGUGGAAAAAGCGGCAAAUGAUGUUGACAACAAUUUAAGUUAUAAAAAAUUAAGAAAAAAAUUGAACAAUUUAAAUUAUAAGGGUUCCUUAUGUCUGUCCUGCACACCAUUAGUGCAAAUAAUUUUUGAUGAUCUGAUUCAGGCCAUUCAGAAUUUUCAGAAGCUAUCAGAUAAGUAUGAAGACUCGCAGAGGAGAUACAAAGAGUUGGUAAAUGAUAAGAGAAAGAACAAUUCUCAAUUGGCAGUAAAAGAAGGAGGGGAUGGAAAGCACGGUAGCAAUUUGUACUUAAGCGGGGAGUACGACGGGGAGGUGGAAAAGGCGCCUGAUCAGGUAGGUACUGGAGUUGUCCCGGAUGAGUCAAAGCAAACCGCUCAGAAUGAGCAUAGCAUAGGCGCAGCAUCGAAGCAGUACGAGCGCAUAAUUUCGGAAUUGUCCAAACAAGUGCAGGAGGAAAGCAAGUUGAAGGAGAACUAUAUGAAGGAAAAUAAAAAGUUGAAGUUCACGUUGGAGAUGCUACAAAAUGAGAAGAAAGACAAAUUUGAUGAAUCCACUGACGACGUAUCUUGUGAGGACUUGUGUUCCUUUAACAACAGAACGAAAUCAUUUGACGAUUUUGAAAUUGACAAAAUUAAGAAAAAGGAAAAGAAGUUGUGUCAAAUGGGAAGCUGCCUAAUCAACGAACACACCAUAUCGUUAGGAAAAGAAUUGUCCUACUACAAGAAUUUAUGUAAGGAAUUCAAAGUGGACAUAGACCGCAUGCGGAAGGACAACGAUGGGGAGGAAUCUCCAGUUCGGGGCGAAGUCCUAUUGGAACAGAAAAACGCAGAAAUAAAGUACCUGAACAAACGAUUAAGUGAGUACGAAAUUGAAAUCAGAAAAUUGAACGAACUGAGGAUGAUCAACGAUAUUAAAAAGCAGAAGGAGUCGAACGAUGACGAGUCGGCAUGUGAAAGCGCUCCAAGUGAACUUAUAAACCAGGAGCACACGAUGUGUAACUUUGAUCCGGAUGAGGAUACCCUGAGUGGGGAUAUGCAGACGAGAAAUGGAACCUCUGUGAGGAAGGACAGCAAUUUAAGCAAAAUGGUAAAAUCGAAAAAUAGGGAAAUUUAUCAUUUGAAGAAUAGGGUAAAACUGUUGGAGACGGAACUUCAGAUGAAGAACGAGGAGGAGAAGAAGGUUGAGAAUCUGCAUCGGGUGGGUGAUAACGGAGGUGGGGAACGGGACAAGGAUAAGGCGUCCAAUAUGGUGAGGGAUGAAAAUGGAUGGGGUAAUUCGAGCUGUGAAGACGAAGCGGUGAUGAAGCGGAGAGACGUUGAAAGAGAACUACACGAAUUACAAUCCGUUUUGGAAACAUUGAAAGCAGAACUGAAGGAAGAGAAGAAAAAAAGCGAUAAGUAUGAAAAGAAAUACAAUGAAGAAAAAAGCGAAAUUGCCAUUUUGAAGGAUGAACUAAAGAAUUUAGAAAAAGAAAUCAAAGUGAAAGAAAGUGAAUUUAAUCUGAACAAGAAUACCAUAAAUAAUUUGAAAUUGGAGUCAGCCGAAUUUAAUAACAUUAUGUCUUUUUCGAACGAGACGAAGAAGCAUUUGACGGAGUAUAUUCACAAUUUGCUAAACAAAUUGAGCGAAGCAAAUGACAAAAUUGACGAGCUAAAGGAUGGAAGCAUACUUCAAAAACAGAAGAUAGAAGUUUAUAGAGGUGAAAUAAAAAAGUUAAAGGAGGAUUUGAUAGAUUCGAGCAAUCAGAUAGACGAGUUCGCAUCCCUGUUGGACAAAAAGGAUGAAGUUAUUCAAAGUUUUAAGGAAAAGCUAGAAAAUGUAAACAAACAAUAUGGAGAUCUUACCAUACAAUACAAUGAAGUGUUAAAGGAAAAUAAAAAUUUACAAAUAACGAAUUCAUCUCAUAAUGCGAACAGCACCUUAAUCAUUCAACAACUGCAGCAGGAAAUUCACAUGCUAAAUGUAACGAAUAAUCACUUGAAAAAAAUUGAAGAUGAUUACAAAAUUAUUUUACAAGAGAAAACGAUAAUAGAAGACGCAGCAAUAAAGAUCCAGUCGGAAUUGAAAAAGUCCGUUGAUAAAAUUAAAAAUUUAGAAACGUACAUACAGACUUUGUCAAUAGAGAUAGCUAACUUAAAGACACAAAGAGAUGAUUCACUUGAUGCUCUUACCAAAGUAGCCAUCGACAAAACGCAAUACGAAAAUGAAGUAAUUCAAAGCAAAAGCAUUAUACACGAUUUGAAGAAGCAACUUAAUGAAUACGAAAGCAAUGUGAAGUAUGUCCAAAAUAACAUUAGUGAAAUAAAUAAAAUGCAUUUACAGAAGGAGGAGCAAGAAAUUAUUUUAAAAAAUGAAAUUAAAUCGUUGAGGGAAAAUUUGAACGAGAAAACUAUCAAGUUGGAACUCCUCCAGGAGAAGGAAAACAAAUUUGAGCAGAACACCAUGGCGUAUAAUGAAUUCCACAUGGAAGCGCAGAAGAAAUAUAACUCGUAUGAAAAAAUGAUUCAACGACUGAACAAAGAAAUCGACGAGCUGACUAUAAACAAUAAUGAUAAUAUUAUCAUUAUUGAAAAAUUGAAAAGCGAACUAGACACUCAUCAGAGGAAUAAUGUGUGCGAUUUUUCGAAGACAUUUUUUCGUAGCGCCGAGGAGAUGGUACGUGCUGGCGGGGUUGGUGUUGCUUCCGGAAAUGAUCUUCACCACAUAGACAGGGAAGGAUUCCCAAAUAGACGCUCAGAGAGUGACCCUGCAGGGGAAGAAAGUAAGGAAGCAAAAAUCGGCACAGCGGAGGAAGGAUUCUACGAAAUGAACUGUACUAAUAAUGAGAACUCAAAAGAGGAAAACGAAAUAUAUGACUACGAUGACGACUUUACCAUCUUUAUUAACUCGAAUAAAAACAGUUUUGGCAAAAAAUAUAAAAAUGGAACAGAGGAAAGACAAGAAAUAAAAAUAAGGGACGAUGAGGAAGAUGGAAUUGUAGACAGCCUGAACGACCUGGUCGAUGACGAGGGGGUUAAUGAACUUAGUUUGAGCAACAAGAAAAUGAAAAACGAUGCAAGCAAUUUAGACGACAGGACGGAAAAUGAUUACUAUGAUGAACAGUUCGAUUCUGUGGGAAGGAAGGAAAAAUCAGGACAUGACCAAGGGGUUAAUGAAUCCGAGAGUUCUUCCAACAGUAGCAGUUCUAAUAUGGAUUUCCUCUCCUUUAGUAAGAAGGACAAAAGGACGAAGGGUUCGACAAAGGGAGGCCGCAACCGGGGCAAUGAUCAAUCGACGGUCACACUAAAAGGGCUGACAUUGUCAGCUUUACACAGCGCGAGUAACAAUAAUAACCAUGGGGGUAGGAGUGGAGGUUGGAGCAAAGGCAGGGAAGGCUCCCAUAUCGGACGUAGCGGAAGUCGCGGUGGGAGUAGCAGCAGCAGAAGCAGUAGUCGCGCCACCAUUCCUAGGGAAAAACUGCGCAACAAGCUGGAUGAGUAUUGCGGAAGUGAGAACUCCUCGUCGUACCUGGGCAACCACGACGUUUCCCUCUUCAACAGCUCUAAGAUAAAAGACAUUUUCAAUUUGAAGUCCAUCAACAAGUGGGCUAAAAAUGGCAACGCCAAGGAUGAACACAAAUUUGUCAGGGGAACGUCCAAACUGAGCGGCGCAAAUAAAAACAACACUUACGACAUCGGUGGUAGUAAGUGUAAGACGGACAAGACGAGGAGGAAGGAAUCUUAUGAAGAUAUCCUGUUCGACUUUAAGCGCAAUUGGUCUGUGAGGGAGGACGAGCCUAGGGGGGAAGACAUCAGUGGGGGAGGUGCAAGAAGGGGUUCGCAUAAUGGUCCUAAAAAUGGUCUAAAAAAUAACCCAACGAAUAAAUAUGGUGUCGACGACUCGGACUCCCUCCCAUAUGAUAAGACAUAUGAGCAAAAGGAGAAAACUAAUAAGAUAAAAAAUAGGCAAAUUGGAAAGGAUGAUUAUCGAAGUAAAUACCCCACGUACCACACCGACGAGGAUGAGGAGGUGGACAAUUCUGUGGAUGCAGAAGGGACGGGCAAGGAUAGUAAAUAUCCAAGAAAUGAAUUGCAAAAAUCGAAUUAUGACCCCAAAAAUUUAAAAAAUAGCGAAGAUUAUUCUUUGAGGAAAAAGGCAUCGCGCAAAAUUACUACACUGCAAAUGUCCAGCAGUAAGAAUAAGCUUAAACACUAUCCACGUGGAAGUAAAAAAAAGAGUGACCUUGCUGAUUAUAAUUCACAAAAGGUCACAUCAAGGAAUAAGGAAAGCAACAGGGCAUCCCCAAAGAUGAUUAUUGGUACACGUGGAAGAACAAAUGAGAGGCAUAAGGGCAAGGACUAUUAUAAUGAUGACGAGGGGGAUAAAAGGAAUUACAAUUUUAUUUCUCAAACAAGUUACGAGGCUAAUAGUAAUACUAGCAGCAUCCUGCUUGAUUCAGUCAGUUCCGACUUUGCGCAGAGUAGCAGCGUAGACCAGUAUAACCAUGCUGGACAAAAGAAGCCAAAAGAGCGAUUAAAUUAUUUAAAUUUCAAAAAGGAUUCUGAUUAUAACAACAUUUUGUACAGUUCAAACGAUUCUAAUAUUUUGAGUGGAGCGAAUAGAUUGGGAGGGUCGAUUUCUUAUGGCAAAAAUGGGGGGCGUGAAAAACAUGGAAGGGUCGACAAAAGGGACAUGGUAAGAAAAACCAGUGAUAGCAGCCCGCAUGGAAACAAAAAGGAAUUUUUGGAUAGGGAAGAGGAAGGAAACAAUUCCUAUAGCAAUAUGAGCUCCCCCUUUGAUGAAAAGACCAAUAACAAAUUUGAGAAGGCACACAUGAAGGAAGAAGAAGUGGAGAGUAUACCUAAAAAGGAAGAAAUGAAUAAUAACCCCCCAAAUAAUCAAGAUUUGUACAAUAAAUAUAUGGGCGUUUUACAAAGUUUAAAGAGCGAAGAAAUGGAUGCAUCUGUGAACACAACGAAUAAUGUAACCAUAGAUUUGACCAACGACUUUAGCAAAACGCAGGAGAAUUCCACGUCCAUUUUGUCUUCCUCCAAAACAUUGCACAAGGAUAGUGUGUUUAGCAAUAUAUCAAAAUUUAAAUUUAAUGAAGAAUUGCACGAGUAUAAUUGUGACCCCCUAACAAUUAUCAAACCUAUCGAGGAUUCAAAUCGGGAGCCAUACUAA